AUGUCGACCAACCGACCGGUUCGUGUUGCUCUGGAAGCAAUCGGGAACACACCCUGCAUCGAGCUGCAAAAUGUCGUCCCAGAGGAUUGCGUCCGUGUUUUUCUCAAACUCGAAGGUUUAAAUCCCACUGGUUCUUACAAAGAGCGCAUGGCGAGGGCUGUCAUCGAAGAAGCGGAACGACGAGGAGACCUGAAACCUGGAAUGACGGUUGUUGAAGCCACUGGUGGCAUAGUAUCUUCAAAUGCAUUUGCUGAGGAGAAACUGAAAACCAUGGCGGCAAACGGAGCGACCGUGGAAGGCGCAGGAAUGGGUAUGGGGGUAUGCAGGAUUCUGAAAUCACAUUAUGCCGACUGUCGUGUGACUGUGCUAGAGCCUGCUUCUGCACCGAUGAUAACGAAGGGCUACGAGGGUCCGCAUUCGGUCGAAGGGAUUGGUAUUGGAUUCAUUCCGCCCCUACUGGACAAGAGCCUGUAUGACGAUGCCCGUGCAGUGGACGAGAGCGAGGGACGUGUCAUUUCACAGCGCGUGGCGAAGGAAGAGGGGGUUUUGGCUGGUACUUCCACGGGGUUGAAUGUAGUAGCUGCGAUUCAACUGGCGAAAGAACUCGGACCUGGUAAUAUCGUAGCCACCGUCGUAUGCGAUUCUGGCUUGAAAUACCUGCAAGGAGAUCUGUUCACCGAAAAAAUAGAAGACUGCAUUCUAUUUGAAACCUGA